UCUGCAGCUCCAGUGCUCAGGAUGCGCUGCAGAGUAAAACUCAGCAUCAGGAGGAUUUUUCUGGUGAUCCUGCAUGGGGCAGCAAUGGUGCUGCUUUGCAGCUGGUACACGGAGCUGAGUCCCUUCCGCCCCAAGCCCUCCAGUAGCAAAGUUCAUGUUCUGCUGCUGUCGUCAUGGAGAUCAGGCUCAUCCUUCCUGGGUCAGGUGUUCAGUCAGCACCCUUCUGUCUUCUACCUUAUGGAGCCUACUUGGCACGUGUGGAAGACUCUUCAGAAAGCAGGUAUGCAGGUGAUCCAGAUGGCCGUGAGGGAUUUGCUACAGAGCAUAUUCCAGUGUGAUUUUUCUGUGAUGGAGACCUACCUGCCCAAGCAUCCCAAAGUGUCCAAUUUGUUUUUGUGGCGUCAAAGUCGAGCCUUGUGCUCACAACCAGCCUGUCCUCUAAUGCCACACCACCAGAUCAGUAACGAGACUCAGUGCAAGAAGGAUUGUGAUGCUUGGGGCCUGCAGCUGGUGCAGGAAGCCUGCAGCACUUACAGUCACGUAGUGCUAAAAGUAGUGAGAAUUUUCGAGCUGGAAUCCCUCUACCCGCUUUUGCAGGACCCGAGCCUGGACCUCCGCAUCAUCCACCUGGUCAGGGACCCCCGGGCUGUUCUGCGGUCAAGAGAGGCAUUAAAGAAAGGUCUUAGGAGAGAUAAUACUAUUGUGUUAGAGCACAGAAACAUACCAGCAACUGAUGUGCAGUAUCAGGUCAUGCAGGAGAUCUGCCGCAGCCAUGUGCACAUCCACAACAGAGCCAUCCUGAAUCCUCCUCCUCUUCUUGAAGGCCGCUACAAAAUGGUCCGCUAUGAGGAUGUUGCCCGCAACCCAAUUGAGGAGAUAAAUGCCAUUUAUGAGUUUGUAGGUCUCGAGCUGACCCCAGAGCUGGAGGGGUGGAUCCACCAUAUGACCCACGGGAAGGUCAAGGGCAAAGGGGCCUUCAAAAUUACAUCACGCAAUGCUACUGAUGUUUCCCGGGCGUGGCGUAGCACGCUGUAG